UGCGUGGCUGUAAAACAUGGCUAAAAGCUUACGGAGUAAGUGGAAAAGGAAGAUGUGUGCUGAAAAGAGGAAAAAGAAUGCCCCAAAGGAGCUCAGCAGACUUAAAAGCAUUCUCAGAGUGGACAGGGACGUUCUGAUGAAGGAUGUUCAACAGGUAGCAACUGUGGUUGUCCCCAGACAUGACCAAGAGAAAAUGCAGACUGUGGUGAAGGAUGAAAAAGAUGACAUGAAAAUGGAGACUGACGUCAAGAGAAACAAGAAGACUCUUCUUGACCAGCAGGGGCAGUACCCAGUGUGGAUGAACCAGAGGGAAAGAAAAAGGCUGAAGGCAAAGAGAGAGAGAAGAAAGGGGAAGAGCAAGGCAAAGGCGGCGAAGGGUUUGGCCUGGUAGACUCUGAGCAGCGUGGAGAGUGCCACAGACAGAUGUCCGGUUAGAACACAUACCUGGACUUCAGCGCCCAGCAAGACCAACCUGCGCUGUUUCCUUCAGUUCACACCCAGCAGGCCUCUUCAAGUUUGUUUCGGGAACUUUGAACAGAGCGUUUCUUGGAUGGGUGGAAGCUGUGCUGGUUUCAGCUGGGCGUUGCCCCGCGACUG